GCGAGAAAACGGGGCUUGUGGAAAAAAGGGGGCGUGGCGUCGAGGUCCCGGCGGCGGCGGCGGCGAAACGACGGCGAAGACGGUGACUUUGGGCGGUGAGGGAGAAGAAUGAGUUAUGCAGAAAAACCCGAUGAAAUCACAAAAGACGAGUGGAUGGAAAAACUCAAUAAUUUACACAUCCAGAGAGCUGACAUGAAUCGCUUGAUUAUGAACUAUCUUGUUACAGAAGGUUUUAAAGAAGCAGCAGAGAAGUUUCGAAUGGAAUCUGGAAUUGAGCCCAGUGUUGAUUUAGAAACCUUGGAUGAAAGAAUAAAAAUCCGAGAGAUGAUUCUCAAAGGCCAGAUUCAGGAAGCUAUUGCGUUAAUCAAUAGUCUUCACCCGGAAUUGUUGGACACAAACCGGUAUCUUUACUUCCAUUUACAGCAACAACAUUUAAUUGAGUUGAUUCGGCAGCGUGAAACAGAAGCUGCACUGGAAUUUGCUCAGACACAGCUGGCAGAACAAGGAGAGGAGAGCCGGGAAUGCCUGACGGAAAUGGAGCGCACUCUUGCACUCCUUGCUUUUGAUAACCCCGAGGAAUCACCUUUUGGCGAUCUGCUCAACAUGAUGCAGAGACAGAAAGUAUGGAGUGAAGUUAACCAAGCUGUUCUAGACUAUGAAAACCGCGAGUCAACACCCAAGCUGGCCAAAUUACUGAAGUUACUACUGUGGGCUCAGAAUGAGUUAGACCAGAAGAAAGUAAAAUACCCAAAAAUGACAGACCUCAGCAAGGGGACAAUUGAGGAACCCAAGUAAAAUGUGCAGGUGGACACUAGACCUCGGAACUGCACAGUUGUACACAAUUUUAAUCAGUCUGUGACUGAAAUAUUUUUACUACAGUUCAGGACUUUGCAAUUUGGUUGUGUGUUCUUUUUUUUUCUUUUUUCCUUGGCAAGCAUACUUAAAGGGAGGCGUGUCCCUUUUUAAAUGCAGCAAAUUAGCAUUGGAAGCAUUAUAUCACUUUGACCAUCUGACUUAGGCUAUGCACUGUCAUACAUUUUAGCAAAAACAAACCUUUUUUUAAAUACUGUGCUGCAGGUUAAUAACGUCUGGCUACUGAAAAACAUUUUGGUGGUCAGUGAAGUAAUGUUAUGCUCUUGGUAACUCUCCAGUUAAACUUAACCUGUUUCUCACUUGAACAUUGACGAUUUUCUGUGUUAAUUUAUAGCCAAACAUGCAUUCCCUAUUUAUAAACUAGCAAUUGGUUGAAGUGAUCAUUUUGUAAACCUCAUGGCAAUGUUGUUUUUCUGCAUAGUAUAUAGCAUAGAAAGCUUGUAAGCUGUAAUUGAAGAUAUUUCCCUCUGCUUUUCACACCUUGGUGACUUAUUUAUAUGGGGCUGAAUGUUAUAUUUAUGAUGGGUCUAGUUCUCUCACAGAUAUUGCUGACAAUAAAGGCAUUUCCUUUUCUAAUUUUCCAGAGUGACCAAAAUAGUUGAAACAAGGCAUUGCUAAAUCACUUUGUAGUUAGGUUCUCUUUCAUCUGGGUUUUUAUUCUUGUCCCGUUUUCGAAUACCAGUUGCAGUAAAUGCACUGUUUGAAGUGACAGUUACAGCCUUAAACCCAGUACUUUGUUGGUGGGUGAUAUAAAAGACACAAAUGGUGUUGUUGCAGGUUAGGGAUAUCUCUCAUAGAAGAAAACACACUGGGUCUAUAAUGUAUGAUGGGGACAUGUUGGCUUGCAUAAAUAGGACUGUGGUUUUAUAAAUCUUCCUCCCGUGUUGAAUUUCCAUAACGAUCAUGGGGUGUUGUAAUUACCGUGAUGUAUUAGGGUUUAUUUCUACCUGAGUUAAAGGCCCUGUCAUUCCAUGAGGUCAUGCCUGUUAAAUUGCUGUGUUGCUGCCUCCUGAAGAGUAUGGGAUAGUCCAUAGCGUGUGUGACUGUUUUAAAAGCAAGAUACAUUUGCCCACUUGAUAGUAUUAAGCCCUGCCCGUGCUAACUCCAAGAUUGUCAUGCUAAACACCCAUUCAGUACAAGUGUCUGUAGAGCCUCUGAGGCAAUCAGCAGUAGCAAAGCUAUAUAUAUAAUAUAUUUGCCUGGCAGCUGUGGGUGCAAAGGAAAUCUCCCUUGCAAAUCUUACAUUAGAGUACUGCUCUGCUGAUUUGGAGAGUCAAUAGAAUAACCACUUGGACACAUUAUUGAUAAACCAAGAUUGCUGAGCAGAUGGUUGACCGUUGUUUGACUUCUGGCAAGGUUUGCUCUUGCCUCUGUGAUUGAUAGUUGGAGUAAUUAACUUUGGGCAGAGUUCAGCAGGAAUGUCUUCCAGGUCAGCCUCAUAAAACAAGCAGAAGCUACUUGGGAGCAGUUCCUAAUGACUGUGCCCAUAGCCAUCAAUGACUACUGUGAAUAGUGACUGUGCUUGUGUGUAGCUUGAUUUUCUGGAUGCGUCAGGUGGUAUAAGAUGUAAUCUUGUUCGAUAGCUGCCUGAAGGGCUAAAUAUUCACACUUUUACUGUCUGCCUUCAGAUAGAAGCUCUGACAUCACAUGGUUUGAAUUGCUGCAGAAGUGAACACAUGAGGUUGAUCACCACUAUUUUAGUGUCAUGGGUUAGCUUUUAGUUCGUAUUUCCAAGCAAUUCAGCCAUAUUUAACAAACCGAAAAUCAUUGUUCCCCUCUCUAUUGGAAUUUGGUGAUUUUUGUUUUGUUUUGUUUUAAAGACUAAAGUGAAGCAGUGGAAGUGAAAUGGGUCUAAACCUUUCUUCAGAUAUGGCCAGCUUUUCUUCCCAUUCUAGACUGCUGAAUGCAGUCUGAAACUUGAAAAGAUAUUUCUUUUUCAGCUUUCAAUGUGAAGUUGGUCAUUUGUGUAACAUGUUUUUUUUUCUUUUCUGAACCAAAAAUACUGCACUGCAGCCCUGUUUAACAAGUUUACUAAGUGUUUGAAGCACUGCUUAUUCCAUGAAUUCAUAGAUGACUGGAACUUUUUUUAGCUUGCUUAACUCAUUAAUUUAAGAGCCAAACGUGUGAUUUAAAUAUAAACCUUUAGAUUUACUUCAUUUGGGUUUGUUAAAACAUCACACACACUGAAGCAGCUUUAACCUGUAAAGUUUUUUGGGUAACUUGAGAGAAAAUAUUUAAAAGGGUAUGAAAGAAAGCUAUGCAUUUUACAGAAAGCUCAAGGGUGUAGUCCCAGUGGUACUUUUAGGGAUCUUUAUAUUCACAUGUAUAUAAAAUAGUUUGCAUAUACAAAAUAUAAUAUAAUCAGUAUGAAUUAUUCUCAGAGGGGGAGGCUGUGAAACAUAACUUAUGAAAAUAUUGUACACAGAAAGUACAGCCCUCACGACAUAAGUGAAUUUGUCAUAUGCAUGAGAAAUGUCUUAUUUGGUGGCUAUGGAUGAAUGGUUGCAAUUUUGUUAGCUCCAUAAUGUUAGAUUGCCACUCUUAACUGCUUAGCAUUAAAUAACACUUUGAUCAA